AUGGCCUCAGAGCCUUCUCAUUCAAGACAUUCGUCUUCUGAUCAAACCAAAACAGAAAAGAUAGCCUCUCUGCAGGAAGAACUGCUGAAGGUUCUAGACAACGUGAAAGUCAAAUUUGGCCUCAACGCUAAAGGUCGAGAAGCCUUCAACAAAGAGCUUGACCAGACAAUACGAAAUGCAAUCCGUCAUACAACACAUCAUCAAGAGGCUAAAGCUGAAGCGGUAAGGACGCACGAGCAGUUAUGGUCUCAGUUAGCAUCCUUGAACGAGCGAUUCUCAACUCUUACGCUAGAUUUUGGCCUUGACACAUCCGAGGACGACCGAGAAAACGAAAUAAUUCUACGGGAAAGCGUCCUCCAACUCGUCAGAGAUAUUCUGUCAACGCAUCCAGAAAUAAUAGCCGGGUUGCAGGUAGAAAUGGCCGAAAUCAGUGCACCGGUAGCCGAGGAGCUCGAUAGGCUACGAAGAUCAAUCCGGCAACUUGACUCGGUUUCCCAAUCCCUGGGCGAAAAUCUUGCAAAGUUCAGCAAAGAACAUUCGAGUUUUGCUGAAACUAUGAAGUCGGCAUCGACUGCCUUGAAUAUGGCAAUGUUCCCUGAGGAAAGAGAGCAUGAGCAAGCCUGGAGCAGUCCUCGAGACGCAGAAGAGGAAUGCAUUUCCUUGAGAGAUGAGCUUAAAAAGCUCAAAAGCGAAGCCGAAAGAGAAAAGGAAGCACACAAACAGACUCGAAAUGAACUUGGAUCCCUUAGGGAACAGGUGUCAAUCGAACCUGACUCUGUUAGAGAACAGAGAUCGAAGGAACUCGACUCGCUUAGAGGUCAACUUGAGUCUGAGAGAGCUGCACAUAAGCAGACACUUGCUAAACUGAAAGCCUAUAGAGAACAACCACGUGCUGGGGGAGCUGCAGUAGAGCGAUCACAAUAUAGGCCGAUGGAUCAACCAUUACGAACUCGGCAUAUAACUAGGACUGAGACUGAGGCCAAACUCGAAAAGGAGGCCGUCGACGUUCUUUCUACAGUGAGUCAUCAACCCACCAACACACGGAGUUUGAAGAGAAUUAGAAGCUCUUCACCGGAUGACUCAAAUGCAAACAAGAGAGUAUCUGCUCCUGGUACCGGCAAUUUAGGAGGUAAGGUGACUUCGUCGCUUGACCGUGUCCUCCAGGGUGUAUCAUACCUGAGGAGACCAUCUCAAGAGUUAUUCUACGGCGGCUCUCAGCGCUUGAGGAUUGAAGGACUAUUCGACGAAGGUCUAGAGGUACUGUCACUAACACAGACACUCUUCCGUCUCAUGUCCCAUCUCGACUCUGCUACUGAGAAACUGUCUUUAAAAGAUACCAUUUGGUUAGCUACUGCUAUCACCAAAUGCAAUUUACAGGAGAUGGAACUCCCUGUUCUCAUGACUCUGUCAUUUUUGAUCAUCACCGUUCAAGAAAAUCACUUUGAGGCUGAUUUCAUGAAUGAGAUAGGUAUACUUUACUGUAUCUGUGCCAUACUUACAAUGGUUCAGGGCCCUCAGAGAAGAGCCGCCUUCAUUGAUGACCAUGCUAGAAUCUUCUCUAGGCUGGCUCCAGACUCUAUUUUAGCCCAGCAGCUGCUAAGUCUCAUAGAAGGUCAAGAAGAUAACCUACAAUAUGAACUUGGCUCUCGGAUUAAAGCAAAAGCUGAUGCCAAUGAUGUAGGUAUCACGGUCGGCAACUACCAUUUACAAAUGGAGAGAGACUGUGGAAUCAUUGUUGCUGCGCCUCAGGGAUCCGGUGGGCAAACAAGAGUUGGCGUACUGAAGCCUUCACAAAUUCGGCUAGAUUUUGACGCUGCGUCCCGAGACGAAAUUCUGAUACUUAGCUGUAUGGAAGCUCCUAUCAUCGGGACGUGGAGGGCAGCCUGGCCGUUAGAAGCGAGAGUCUACCGGACUUUUAAAAGAGCAGCAAAGGACCUUUAA